AUGGCCCAAGAGCCCCGGGCGUCUGGUGCGCCCGGGCCCUGCCGCACGCGGCUCUCGCGGGACUCGGGUGGCGAGCGUGCUUCUCCCUCACUGUCCUUGCUCGGCCGUGGACGUGGGCGCCCUGGGCAGCGCGGCUCCCGCUCGCCGCCCGCACAGCAGCAGCAGCAGCAGCAGCAGCAGGGAAGGAGCUGCAUACCCCGGAGGAGCCUGUCACCCUCACCCUCCCCGGCCUGGCCACCAGGGGUCGAUUUCUGUCCCCUCGUCGUGCCUGUCCCCGACUCCUCAGAGAAACGGACCCCCCAGCAGGUGGCCCUGCAUCCACCUGUGACACCAGCGAUGUCCACCAGGCCCACGUCCGCCUCCCUCGCUGGCCCGAGACACAGCCGCUGUGCACCAUGGGGCCGCGUGGAUGGGCUGUGUUCCGCGUCUACCCCCAGCCGGGAGCCAAGUGGGUUUUGUGCAGAGACAAUCUGGGGGCAAUUUGAUGAGCAUGCGCUGAUCUCACUAAGUUGUCCAGGCUGACUUCAAACUUGCAAUCCUCCUGCCUCAGCCUCCCGAGCAGCCAUCCUCCGAGCUGGUUUUCGCAGGACCCUCGACCCCUAGUGUGGUCACUCUGUCCCUUCUCCUGUGGCCGCCUCUCAAGACUUCUCUGGGUGACGGCACCCGUAUCUCCCUCCCUCGGCCGCUGUCCCCACCAAGGUCCCGAGGCUGGCCACGUGCGUCCAACCCCCUUUCAUCUCUGCCCUCGCGCUUGUCAGGCACCCACGUGGCAUUGGCACUGUGGCCCUGGGCCCGGCCUUGGGCUCUCUGAGGUCAACACCACGCACAUCUGGACCUUGAGGACAAGUGGCCCGGGUAAGAUGGCCAGGGCAAGCUGGGGCCAAAGGAGGGGGUGGCGUCAGGCCCAGGCCGGCCAAGGCCUCAGCAAAGUGACUCCCCCUUUCCAAGGACUGCCAACAUCACUAGGACCACAGCAAUCCCUAGUGCAAGGAAUCAAUAAAUGUGUAUUAAUUCAGGAGUUGCUA